AAAAGGGCUCAGCGUCCGCUGGUGGCACUGUUACCAUGGAGAUCCCCAUCUCAGCGGCCGCCUGUGAGCAGCGAGCAGAGCCAGAGGAGCAGCAUGGACAGCAGAGGAACUACCGCAUGCUCAUAGUGAUCGGAGAGGUUUCCACCAGCCAUCACCUGGAAGCUGCCAGGAAACAGAUCUCACAAGGUUUGCGCUCCUGGAACAUUGAUCUGACUGUUUUCGACCUGAACAAGGAGCUGCAGCUGUUUGAGACGCGACACACGGCUCAGUUUUCAUCGCAGCUCAAAGGCCAGCGAAUCCUCCAGUAUCAGAGUGAUGUCCUGGAGACAGUGGUGUUGGUGAACCCGUCAGAGGAAACCGCUGCUUCAGAGACUCGCUCUCUCAUCACUGACUCCGCUGCAAAUAAAUUGCUGAUACUGAGCGGUCAAAGCUCUGAACAGGGAGGCGACAUCCUACUGCAAGGUGGAGCCUUCACCUGGCAACACUUCUCCGAUAUUGUCUCCAACCCUCAAGUGAUUGAAGUCCUGUCCAGGGCCUCUUCACAGCAGCCGUCCAAGCUUACUGUUUCCUGUCAGGGAGACGGGGGCUGGAGCUCCCUGGGCCAAAGCCAGGAGCAGCAGCCGCUACAAAAUCUUUUGGAAUACCGUCUGAACCCCGAACCUCACCUUUCCGACAUGGACGGAGUCACGGAGUUCACAGAGUACGUCUCGGAGACAGUGGAUGUGCCGUCACCCUUUGACCUCCUGGAGCCGCCGACCUCCGGUGGGUUUCUGAAGCUGUCCAAACCCUGCUGCUACAUCUUCCCUGGAGGUAGGGGGGACUCUGCUCUGUUCGCCGUCAACGGAUUCAACAUCCUGGUGGAUGGAGGGUCUGACCGCAAGUCCUGCUUUUGGAAGCUGGUUCGCCACCUGGACAGGAUCGACUCUGUUCUGCUCACCCAUAUCGGGGCAGACAACCUCCCAGGAAUCAAUGGGUUGUUCCAGAGGAAGAUUGCUGAGCAGGACGAAGAACGUAACCAAGGAUCUGGUUCCAGCAGCAAUGGUGACUGGAUGAAGAACCUCAUCUCCCCUGAACUUGGGAUUGUGUUCUUCAAUGUCCCAGAGAAGCUGAGGAUGCCCGAGUCCACACUGAAGGUAAAGCGAAGCAUUGAAGAAGCAUCUCUGACACUGCAGUACCUCAACAAGCUUGGCAUCACACCAGAGCCUCUUCACAGGGUAGUCAGCAACACCAUUGAGCCCAUCACGCUGUUCCACAAACUCGGUGUGGGAAAGUUAGACAUGUAUGUCUUAAACCCUGUGAAAGAAAGCAAAGAGAUGCAGUUUCUAAUGCAAAAAUGGGCUGGGAACAGCAAAGCCAAGACUGGGAUAAUGAUGCCAAAUGGAAAAGAAGGAGAAAUAUCUGUCCCCUACCUGACAUCAGUUACUGCUCUCAUUGUUUGGAUUCCACAUCGUCCUACAGAAAAGAUCGUCCGGGUGCUUUUCCCAGGAAAUGCACCGCAGAAUAAAAUCUUUGAGGGGCUUGAGAAACUGAAACACCUGGACUUCCUGCGAUACCCAGUGGCUACUCAGAAAGACAUAUCAUCUGGGGCACUUCCUCCUAUCAUCAAACAAACUAAAAUAAGAUCAAGAACUGACAGUAAAGAGAGCCUCAAGUCUUCACCCAAACCACACGCUAAAACCACUAAGAAGGAAACCAGUGGGCAAGAGGACGAGUCAAAAAGUGACACCACUAAAGAGAAUAAAGCAGAAAAGAAAGAAGAGAAGAAGCUCAAAAGUGAGAGUCUAAAAGCCACCAAGCAACAGAAGAACAGUGAGGUGGCCCCCGGAGCAGACAAGAAAGAGAAGAAGAAAAUACCCAAAGAAAAAUCUGCUAAAGAGAAAGCUGCCAAGAUGGAUGAAAAGAAAGACAAAGAGAAAAAAGAAAUUAAGAAAGAAAAAGUAAAGAAAGAUGAGAAUAUAAGAAAAGAGGAGAAAAAAGAAAGUAAAGCCAAGGAGGACAAAAAGAAGGACCCAAGUAAACCUGAGCUGAGAAAAAUCACCAAACCUGACCUGAAGCCGCUCACCCCUGAGGUGAGGAAAACUCUGCACAAGGCCAAGACUCAGGCUAAACCCAAGACAGACAAAAAUAAAGCAGUUAAAGAGGAAGCAAAUGAGAAAAAGCCAGUUCCAAAGAACAUCCCUGAGGAGGUUGCAGCAGCAGCUCUGGCUGACAGGUCCAUCGUGUCCUCCCCUGAAGACCUCACCGAAGACUUUGAGGCUCUAAAACAAGAGGAGCUAUCCAAAAAUAAGACUGAGCCAAUACAGAAUGAUGUGAUGUCUGGGCACUCAGUGUUUGCAGAUACUAAAGUUUCCGCCUUAGUCUUCCCUGAUGAGAAAGCCACAUUGCCCGCCACUGAGGUAAAGUCUGCUUCACCUAAAUCUCCUGUCAAACCGGAAGAAAACAAUAAAGACACGGGUGCAUCAGAACAGGUUGCAGCUACUCUAAAGAAAGAUGCAAGUGAUGGUUUUGAUAAGAAGUAUGAAGAGGAGAAAAUGGAGAAACAUGACAAAUACUCUGUAAAAGACAGAUCAAAAAAGAGUGACAGCUCAGAAGAGGAGGGUGACGUGAUUGAAAAGGCUGAACUUGAAGGGACAGAAGAUGAUGAGGUUCUAAAAUACAAAACGGAGGAGGUCAAAAAAAGUGGGAAGGAGUGGGACACAAAGCCCACUGAGCAAAAGCCAGUCACAGCCCUGUCUGGACAAGCUUUUGCAGCUUCUGCCGCUUCGGAGCAAUUCUCCUUCAUCCAAGAUGAGACCAUCCCUGGUUACUCCGAGACCGAACAAACAAUCUCUGAUGAGGAGAUCCAUGAGGAAACAGAGGACAGGAUCCCACAACUGCGCUAUGACGUGGGCUCCUAUGACAUUUCUGUCCCUGAUGUCCCUGGGACCUUUGACUCCAUGCAUGGUAUCAAAGAGAUGAAAAGCGCCACAGAUGUUGCAGAUGUCAAGCCCAAAGCCUUCACAGGAGGUCAUGAGCCUGAGCUUGCACCUUACCCUGCCAUCAUUGCCGCUCCUCUUGCAGAAGAGGAGCAUAUCUCCUCGGCAACAUCUAUCACAGACUACGAUAAGCUGUCAUCGUUUGCAACAUCUGUAGCUGAAGACCAGUCGAUUGCCUCGGUGACUGCGCCUCAAACUGAGGAUGUUGGGAGGAACUCUCUAAUGCUGGACACCAUCAACAAUGUCCCUUCACGUCCAGAGGUCGCCCAGGGGAAGGACUAUCUCCACUCAGCUGGAACCAUCUCACCCACCUCCUCUCUAGAAGAUGACAAGUGCUUCAAGUCUCCUUCCUCCGAUGAGUACCAGCCUAACAUUGCUGAGCUGGAUGGUAAUGCAAAGAUCAAAGCGGCUCCUGAAGAAGAAGAUGAUGAGGAUGAUGAGGAUGAGGACCAGACCCCAAAUGUUGACAUCCCUCUGGGUAAAUUGCAAGAGGGCUAUGAACACGCCACCUCCGUGAUGCUCCAGGAGAAGGAGAAAUCCCCAUCUGCCACUUUUUCUUCAAGUCCUUUCUCCACCACACCGGCUUUCAAAGACAACCAGACUCUCCUCAGUACAGAUGGAUUUAAGACUGAAACAAAGCCUGUUUCACCGCCUCCAUCUUUCUCUCCUGGAUUAGAGUCCCACUCCAGGCAGGAGAGUGAGGAAAGAUGCCUGAGUCCAGAUGACAGCACUAUGAAACUGGCCUCACCAACGCAAUCUGUGCCAACAAGCAGUGGCUAUUCACCGACUGAAGAUAAACCCUUCAAGACAGAAGACAAAGAUGAGACAGUGAGCAAUGUGAAAGCUGACCUCCAGAAAAGUGAGAAAUCAGUCACCAUCUCCGACAACACUUCCUUUAUCGGCCUGCCAGGUGACAAGACAGCACUUGAAGCUUCUGAAGAAUCCGAGGAAGACAAUGAGGAUGACUACUAUGCCAAAAAGGAUCUACAGCCUACUGUUAAGGCUAAACUCAUGGAAGCAAAGGAAGGUUGCUUCUUGGAUGAUGACUUCACCUUUGAGAAAAAGUCUGCUGCAAAGAUAGAAACAGAAGUAAAGAGCUCAGAAAAGACAGCAGUGUCCUUUAGCACAGAGGAGAAACCAAAACCCCAAGUAAUGUUCUCUGAUGAGGAACAUGAGGAAGAUGAAAAAGAUGAUGAUUUCCCAAGUGCGGUUGGGCCCAAGCCCUUCACGACUGGUCAAGGAAAAGUUGACUUUAAAGAUGAUCACACAGAGAAAACAGAUAUUACUGUAAAAGAGCCUGAGAAGAGUGUUCACUUCAGUUUGUAUGAUUUUCCAGAGAAGCAGGGCAAAGAAAAGGCUGUAUAUAUAAGACAGGACACGCCUUAUGUGCAUGGCAAAACAUUCUCCUAUGGCGAUGUUUAUGAUACCAAAACAAGCUCGAUGGACUCUGAUUCAUAUCAUCAGGAGUCCAUAGAGAAGGUGGACAAAGACACAUUAAAGACUGAAGUGAAAGGUGAAGAUUUGCAGAAACACGAACCACCCUCACCAGUCACUGUUGCUUUCGAAAAAGAGUCGUCGACCUCAUCAUGGCUGGACUCCAAGAGCUCCUCAGCUUUGUCUCCAUUUGACAAAGAUGUCAAGCCAAAGGAGACAAUUGAAUUCAGCGAUGGCAGUCGAUUCCCUUCAGUGGCUGACAGACCUGAAGCCUCAACCACUUCUUUAUCAUCAGAAAAGGACACUUUUAAAAGCCCGACUGAAAGUGCAAAGCCUCCGUCAUACUCCUUGAUGACGGCAUUCGACAAACCUGCUGCCACAGGCUACAGCGAGAAAGGAGCGUGUCUGGAGAUCGAUAUGCGAAAACUAACAGCAAGGGACGAGGAGGACUAUGAUGAUGAUGAAGUUCUUGAUGACGAUGAGGAGGAAGAAGAUGAUGAAGAAGAUGAGGAGGAGGAGGAGGAGGAGGGUGCUGUUGAUUCUGAUACGGAAAAAGGGGCCAAAGAGAAGUCUGAGAAGGAGGUAAAAAGUCCAAUAACUGAGAUGUUUGGCUCAAAUAGGCCUGAGUUUAUGGUAUCUAUGGCCGGAUAUGGGUACAACAGUCAAGGAAAGCCGGGUGUAAAAGAAAGCAGCCCUAUAUCACCAACAAAGGCUGAAGAUGACACCAAGACUGAAUCCUCGUCCUUCAGUGGAAAGGCAAUGGAUUUAGGGGCUACAGGAUUCUCUGGUUACUCUUCAGGGUUUGAAUACUCGUAUAGAGGCGGCGAGAAAGAGUCGUUCUUAUCGAGUCAGACCACAGACAAAGGACGAGAAGAUUUCACUUUGAAAUCAACAGAGGACAGUUAUUACCAGAAUGACAGAGCUGAUCCUGACUUUGAGAAACAGAUGACACCAGACCUUCUUAGUAAGAAAUCACUGGACACAAGCUUCCAGUACACAACCACCGCUGGCCCCGGUUACUCCUCCUCUUCAGCCUACAGCUACUCCUCCUCCACCUCAGGAUCCCUCUCCACCAGCCGUCAGUUCGGUGAGGAGCUAGAAACACCUGCCUCUGCCGAGCCUCUCUUCGAGUACUCCUCCUUUAAAGAUGAACACUCCCUUGUUAUGGAUUCUCCCUUCUCAAGCUCAGCUGGCGCCAAAGACGACUACUUGGAAGUUUCUGAGAAACAAAUCACAGCUACAACCACGGCUGAGUCUACUUCCAGUUUAGCUCGCUUCUCACCCCUCAGCCCAUUUGAAGAAGUCAAAAUGUUCCCCUCACUCUCAUCCACUGCUGAAGACAAGAAGGAGCAUACAGCUUCAUUAGGUGGAGUUAUAGACAAGGGCCCUCAGUCCGAAUGCUUCUAUAAGCCUGAGUGGCCUGAAGGGACCAAGCUGGACACAGCUGCUGGCUAUGGGGCCUCAGCAGGGCCAUUUUCUCAACUCUCAGACUUCUCCAAGGACAAAGAGGCAGCCAGUGCUGCUCUGUUUGGUGUCACCUCCUCACCUCGACCAGACAUAGAAGGCAAACACUACUUUGAGGAGACUGACAGCAGUGAAGAGGAGGAUGAAGAGGCUUACAUGCGUGAGAUGACCCGGAGGUCUCCUUCUGGUGGCCUGGCUGGCAGUCUGUCAUUCUCUGACAAGCCUGCUGCUCCACCUGUCAGUGAAAAGACAGCUGGAGCUCUUCCAGAUGUUCUGGGCACCUACAUGCCCACACCUCUCCAGGCCAGCAAGCCAGACACAGCAAAUGGCCCCACAGAGGUUGGAGCAGCUGCCACCCUCCCUGCUGGAGCAGCAGCCAGUGGUGGUGCAGCAUCAGGCCCAGCCGAGGUAGAGUCCAGAGAGGGAGCAACCGGUCAUGUCAGGAGUUCUUACGAAUGGGAAAUCCCAAAGCCUCAGAUGGGCAUGGUGCCUGGAGACUCCCCUCCUCAUUACCGUCAUGAUGAUGAGUUUGAAGAGGAAUGUGAGAUGGAGCCAGAGCACCCCGCCCGCCCACUUUCACUCUCUUCAACCGACCAGCCGUUCCGCUCACCAUUCUACGCUGAGGAGUGCAGCCGAGGAGGGCAGGAUGAUGAUGACGAUGACAGUGAUCAGGAUGCACCCAUGGGAGCCACCUCUUCCUACACCAGCCGCACCUCUCCUGGAUAUUCAUCCUCUGAGUUCAGGCAGCGCAAAGAGGACCUCUCGCCUUCCUUUAUCAAUCCCUGCACACGGCAGCUGUCCAGCGACGAGGAUGAUGAUGAACAAGGCCGCAGGAGUGAUCAGUCGCAGGAGGGUGAUGAACACGACCUCUCGGUCAAGAGAAGGGCUCACAAACAGCCCCAUCAUCACCAGUCCCACAGCAGGGACAGCAGCUCACUACACCAGGCUGGUGGGAUGUCGGCAGGUCUGGGUCUGGCCACAGAGGACACUCCGCCGACCUCCGUCAGUGAGUCUCUAGCCUCUCAGUCAGAUUCAGAUUUGCCCCCAGGUACUGAGGAAUACCCUUCAGCCACUGGCGAAGGCAACAUGGACUCAGAUGAGGAUGCAGACUACAUGCCCAUUGAUAAAUCAGCUGUGGGAGGAGGCAGCCAUCACUCUGCCUCCAGGAGGAGCCACGACCCUCCUCCUGCUCCCCUCAUGGACCCUUACCCUCAUGCCCCACGCCCAGAUGUCUGCAUGGUGGAUCCUGACUCUUUGAAUAAUGGCUCUCUCAAGAAAGAGCCAAAAGCCAAGGGCUUAAAGAAAGCUUCGAGUAAAACCAAAUCAGCAUCCCCAGCAAGGCGCAAGAAGUCUCCAAUGCCUGUCAAACAGAUGCCAUCGCCUCGCAGUGCCUCACUGAAGAAGAAGGAUGCAGACAAGAGCUCACGUAUGUCUCGUUUGUCAGAUGGACAAGGCUCCAAAGAUGAUGACCUCUCCAGAUCAAGCUACAACCCUGGCAAAGGGCUGACUAAUGGCGUCAAGAGCAGUUCAGGUUCUCAGAAGUCUUCAUCUGCAGCUGCUCCUGGCCUCCCCAUUUAUGUGGACUUGGCCUACAUUCCCAACCACUGCAGUGCCAAGAACGUGGACCAAGAGUUUUUCAAACGCAUUCGCUCUGCGUACUACGUGGUGAGCGGGAACGACGGAGCCAGUGGUGAACCAAGCCGAGGAGUCCUUGAUGCUCUGCUGGACGGCAAGGCUCAGUGGGGAUCAAACCUACAGGUGACGCUGAUCCCCACCCACGACACCGAGGUGACCCGCGACUGGUACCAGCAGACGCACGAGCGGCAGCAGGAGCUCAACAUCAUGGUUCUGGCCUCCAGCAGCACCGUCGUCAUGCAGGACGAGUCUUUCCCAGCUUGCAAGAUUGAGUUUUAAGACCCUCUCUCCUCUCUCCCUCCUACUGGCCUCCCCGGCGUAGAUCUGUUUUUAAUUCCUCCUUUCUAUAGCCUGAUAUGCAAAUUUGUCUCUGCUCUGGGCAUCGUGGUGUGGACAGCAGAAACAGAUCUGGAUAACUGUCUAUUUUUUUCUAGAUUUUUAUUCAUUUAUAAGCUUGUUGUGGCCCUCACCAUUUGUAUUACAAGGUAGUUUUUAAUUAUUCACUACAUUAUUAAUAUUCAGUCCUGAAAAGGGGAAAAAAAAUGUUUUUCCUGUUAAUUUUUUUUCCUCCACACCCUGUGAAGCAAAGGCUUCUUUGUUUAUGAGACAACAUGCCCGUUGUAUUGUAAAAACAAUUCAUGAAAGCGGAUGCUUGGCUGCUCAUCUACUAAUUGGCCUAAAAUGAAGCACAAGUUUGCGCACAUUAAAGCCAGCAACAAGCCACAAAAUGACCUUCUCCCACUGCUCCAGAUGAUCAAUUUAAAGCAUUUUGCUGAUAGAAAACUUUACUUUCUUCUUCUGUCUUUUUAAAAAAAAAAAAAAACAUUGACAGUGUUGAACUUUGUGCCUCCCACUGACAUAGUGAAAUAGAAGAAGUAGAUCCCAGCGGUCCUCGCAAUAUGUCUUUUGAGUAUAUUUUCCGUAGCAUAGGGGAGCUCAUAUUCAAAAAUCUGUAUUGUAAGUGAAUUCUGAUAUUUCUACACUUCUCUCAAAGUGAAAAUCAAUCGUUACUGUGAGGAUUUCUCAGUGGCUGUUAUUUCUUACAGUGAAUUUGACAGAUAAGUUCUCUAUAAUGUAGUCUUUGAUGUAUUUUUUCAAUGUAUUUCCAGUUAACAUAUCGUCACAGAGGUCAUGUAGAGAGCUGCAGGCAGAGGCGGCGCUUCAGAAAAAGAGAAAAUCAUCAUCCGAUGUUUGGAUUCUACCUGUUUAUAUCUUUACAUACAGAAGAGCAAACCUCAUAUCUGCGUCUAUACAAAAGCUGUGUUAAAGAAUGUAUUCCACUACAACGACAGGAACAUGUGGUUGCGAGGAGAGAUUGAUUGGUGAGUGAAGAGAUGUGGGCAGGUUCGACUGAUGGUAGACUGUCACCCACAUGUGCCUUUCUGUCCUGCUACGCUGGAAAGGAAAAGAAUCGCGUAUUAGUUGUCGAAAAGUCGCGGCUCAGUUGAGCUGGUCUCCUUUGAAGUUUAUUUGUUGGCGUCAGCGCACAAAAACAAGGUCUGAGUUGUACAUAGUGAGCAUAAAACGGCACUUUUAAAGCACCGACUCAGUAUUUCAGCUGCCACUCAAAGAAGCACAAGUGUGCAAAACUUCAAUCGCUAUUUGCAGAUUUCGCCCUGAUUGCGUCGACUUUACUGGGAAAUUUAUUUACUUUCAGGUGUUCUUGAGUGGUUGUUUUCACUUUAUCACUUAAAAUUUUAUGUGUAGAUGUGUUUUAAUUCGAUUGACUGAUCGAUGAUUUUUAUAUUUUGAUAAGUUUGAGAUUUUAACCAGGAACCAAACCGAUAAUCUCACAAAUAUAAGGACCAACAAUCCUCACCAGGGUUGCUAUUUUAUGAUCCACAAUCCAGAUCUACGUUUAGUUUAACUUCCUCGACUCAUCUAGCGAUGCAUGUGCAACAGAUGCAUGCACAUAAAGGCUCUUUAAUGAAAAACAAGAAAGAAAAGUGGAGCCCGAAACUCCAACUGAUUUGAAUGUGAAGAUGCAGAUUACCUUUACGUUCUCCGUGGAGGACUCUUUGAUCUCCUGGUUGCCUUGGUUACUGAGCAUCUACGGUACAUCUGACUCAUCGAUCACAGCGACAACCUGAAGUACAUCACACAGCUCUGUGCAGGGUCACGUCUGCACUUGGUCCCGUUAUGAUUUCUGUGCAACAAAAAUCACAAACUGAUGUUUGAAUUAAGGUUCAUAUUUCCUGCCGAGCUUCUUGGAUUUUAGAUGAACAGGGUGUUUACUUGCUAACACGACAGCGUAAUCUGCAUUCCUAUUAAAUACUGCAUCACUGUAAAGGAUAAUAACAAUAUCAGCAGCACUCAAAACCCAAACUGCCAGACAUGAGGGACACUCAGUCAGUACAUUUUUAUCUAUCUCCUCUUAUUCACUCUUUUUUCCAGACAAUGCUUACUCAACACAAACACACACCUAUUAACUGCUGCAUUUUACGUAUUGUGCAAAAAAACAAUAACAAAAAAAGAGUAAAAAAUAAAAUAUCUGUGGCAUUCAGACUGCCGUGAAACAAAUCAUCAUACAGACUGUUGGUUUCCAGUGAGCCCUGCUUGUAUGUGCAUGUGUAACCUUUUAAGUUCUCCUGUAUUGUAAGAGCUGAAGACUUAACAUAGAAAUGCUAUUUUAAAAGAUGUAUAUUUAAGAAGCUAAGCUGAGGAGGCACAUGUAACCUGGCUGUGCUGUGCUGUAAAAGAAAGCCUUGUGAUCGUUUUUUCUCCUCCUUUUUCUGCUUCAUGGUUCUACUUUCAUCUCUUGUUUUAAGUGCAAUAUUCUCUUUAUCUCUCUUUAAAAUUGCUUAAAAAGGUAAAAUAGAAAACAGAUUUAUUGUUAAAAGGGACAAAGUGUGGUGAAGACCAAUAAAGACAUCAUUUACGCAAGAAAAA